AGAGGAAAGAGUUAAGAUAUUUCUUUAUUUUUAACUUUUUUAUUUAAUUCAAUAGAUUGUUAUAAUAUUUCAAUGUGAUAUCUCUCUUCCUUCCGCCUUCGCUGAAUUCUAUCUUCCACCCACAAAGCCAAACAAUAAACUGUUUACUUUUCCCUCAAAACAAAUUGUUGUGAAUUAAUUUAUAGUUUGUUGCUCUUCAAUUUUACAGUCUCAGAGGAGAAUAUUUCAGGGAACAACGGAGGAAUUGAGUUUCAGAUCAACGAUGAUUUACCAUUUUGGAAAUUAAAGCGGAGAUCUCAUAACACGACAGUGAGCAAUGCUGGGAUUUUCAUAUGGAGAAAUAUUUCUGUUGCUUGGAGCCACUGCUGCUCUGAUAGGUCCAAAGGAUUUACCAAUCAUAUCCAGAACAGCAGGAAGGCUAGCUGGUCGAGCUAUUGGAUACGUACAAUUGGCUCGUGGUCAGUUUGAUACCGUUAUGCAGCAAUCUCAAGCUCGCCAGGUUCAUAAGGAACUCCAAGACACAAUGGCUCAGUUAGAUGCUAUUCGGCAUGAAAUUCGAAGUAUAUCAAUCAUAAAUCCUGGUCCUUUGUCACGGAGGCUUGUAGAUAAUACUGACCAGAGAUCUAUCUCUAAUGACAAUAGAAAACCAGAAGAUUCUGAAGACAAUAACUCGAUCCCCACUGUUAUCAAGGAUUCAACUCCAUUGUUAUCCAAUUCAUGCAAUUUGCAAAGUCAAGCAACUAUGUAUGCCAGAUUGGCAGAGUCCCCUGCCAUAAAGAAUGAUUUAUCAGCAAGUAGUGCUGAAGUUGAGAAGAUUAAAGAUGAAGUACAGCUCACUGUCUUACCAAUUUCUGCUGAAAAUGCUGGACUAUUACCAAAUCGUGGGGCUGAUGUGAAAGGAUCUGACAUAGUUCUAGAAGCAGUUUUGGAGGCAGAGGUAGCUCAUAAUGCAAAGGAAUUCUUUUCACAGCCCCAAAAUCAAAUAUGAUUGAUAUGGUAAUCCUACAUAGUACUUUAUAUUCUGGAUGUUAAAUGUACUUAAUUUGUAGUUUUUGUAAAUACAAAAAUAAUACGUAUUAGAAAUUUAGAAUAGAUUUUAUAUUGAAAGUAUUGAUUCUUGAAUUUUCUUUUCUAGUUGUUCAGGGUAGAAAAUUUGUUGGGAGUCUUUGGGCUUAAGAUUAUAAAAACAUCUUUUUUUGUCUUAUGUAUAAAUCUCCCUUAACCUAUGAAAUAACAUAACAUU